ACCACCCCCCGGCCUACCAGCUGAGUCGUACUGUACUGGCUAGCCCGCAACCGCACCACCACCCACCCAAAACUAAAAAGUCCACAUCCACAUCUCCAAGCGCGCCUCCCUUGCCAAUCUUCCAUGAGCCGGCCUCGUCUAGCUGCACGGAUGCUCCGUUGCGCGUUGCGCCAUGAUACACCUCCAGCCCUUCCCUGUCUUGUGAUUUGGUCAUUCCAAGCCUUCCUUUUCGCGAUGCACUAUGCCUUUGGCUGAUCGUUCCAGCCGUGCCACUGGCCCUAGUCGUCACAGCGCUCCCUCACCGAGCCAUCCCUUGGCCGCUCCGUACUGUCAACACACUCCCGUUCCUUGUCUGCACCUAUUCCCUUCCUAGCCCCGACAAGAGUUUCGCUAGUCCACCCUGGCAUUCCGUCUACCAUGACUCUGCACGCCCGGUUACCACAUGGACAUUUCCCCAUCCAUCCUUCCUGAUCUGUCCAUGCCUCUUGGCACCCCAUAUACCUAUGCAGAUGCCCCCAGACAUAGUAUCCUCAGAUAGUCCGACCAGCCUGAAUACAUCUCUCUCCUGUGCUGUAUAUCAACACACCAUCCUCCCACAUCACAUCGCACACAGCAAUCAUGUCCGGACACAUGCAGACCUCACAACUACACCACCGCACCUCCCGCGGCUCAACCAACCAACCAGCAUGCCGUUCAGCACGCGUCGAGAAGCCAAAGAGCCACCACAACAGCCCAAAGGCCAUGGAGAGGAGGAAGACGACGACCGAACCCAAGCUAUACGCAACCUUGGACGAUCACUACCGGAUGAUGUUCGGCAUGGCUGCCGAUGAGGUUGAGGAGCGUCCACAGCCAAGCCGGCCCGUGAGCUGGCACCCAUCAUGCUCGCAAUACCAGGCCACCCAAUCCCAACAACAAUGGCCACAAGAAUACUCCCCCUCUUCAAGAGACUCGUGCCAUGGCUCAGACUUUUACUCGCUUUCCACACGCAACUCCAUGUUCGAGCCCAUGACUACUGCACCAAUCUACUCGAAUGAUUCCGAUUAUGGAUGGCAAAGCGUAUCCCAGCACACACCAACCUAUAUGCAUUCUUCCAUGAGCACGCCCACUACCGAGCCCCUCCCCUGGUACCUGCAACAAUGGGCCCAAAAGAACCAAGCACAGGCAUCUUCCGACUUUCUCCCCAUUCAGCACCCAUCCCAGCAAAAUCAAGACAUGGAGGAAGACGACGGCGAGAAGCUUGUCGCCCUCGGCCUCUACGACGCACCAGAGCCAUCAUCGUGGGGAAUGAGCGAAGGAACCGGCAAGGGACUGAAGCUCGAAGAGACAUGGCAGCCACCUGAGGAGGACAACGACGAGGACGACGAUGAUGACGCAAGCUCCGAGGCAAGUGUGGAUGAGCCGUCCCCGCCGCUCCCGCCCGUACAUGAGCAGGCUCACAUGCCAGUCCAUGUCCAGUCUCAAACACCAGGCAGCAUGGAGGGUCAGAGUUUCUUUUUCGACGAGGACGAGACGGCGUCCAAGGAGUGGUGGUUUCAACAGGUCAAGCAACCUUCUAUGCCGGUGCGGGACGCCGGACUGGGAUUCGGAUGGAUCUGA